AUGUGUACAGAUAAAGCAGAAUCGCCUUUGUAUAUUGGUAGUUACUAUAAUCAUAUAGAAGUAGUAAAAUUAUUACUUGACCACAAGGCAGACAUUAAUAGGUGUCCAACUAAUGGACAGUCACCUUUGUAUAUUGCUUGUCAGGAGAACCAAAUAGGAGUAAUAAAACUAUUACUGGACAACAAAGCAGACAUUAAUAAAUGUAGAUAUGAUGGAGCAUAUCCUUUGUUUACUGCUUGUCAGAAUAAUUUAAAAGAGACAGUUAAAUUAUUACUGGAGAGCAAAGCAGACAUUGAAAACUGUGCAAAUAAUGCAGAAUCUCCUUUGUAUGCUGCUUGUCAGAAUAAUCAUAUAGAAGUAUUAAAACUAUUACUGGACAAUAAGGCAGACUUGAAUAAAUGCAGAGAUGAUGGAACUUCUCCUUUUCAUAUUGCUUGUUACAAAAAUCAUAUAAAUGUAGUCAAACUAUUACUGGAGAACAAGGCAGACAUUAAUAAGUGUUCAGAUGGUGAAGUAUCUCCUUUAUUAAUUGCAUGCCAGGGUAAUCAUAUAGAAGUACUGAAACUAUUACUAGACAACAAGGCAGACAUUAACAAGUGUGCCGUAAAUGGAGAAUCUCCUUUGUAUGUUGCUUGUAACAAUAAUCAUAUAAAAGUAAUUAACCUAUUACUUGAAAAUAAGGCAGACAUUAAUAAGUGUAUAGAUAAUAGAUCAUCUCCGUUGUUUAUCGCUUGUUCUAAUAAUCAUAUAGAAGUAGUAAAGCUUUUACUGGGUAACCAGGCAGACAUAAAUAAGUGUACACAUGAUGGCGUAUCUCCUUUGUUUGAAGCAUGUCAGAAUAAUCACGUUGGGGUAGUAAAAUUAUUAUUAAAUAACAAGGCAUGUAUUGAUAAGUGUGCAGAUGAUGGAGUAUCUCCUCUGGUGAUUGCUUGUAGGAACUAUCAUAUAGAGGUAGUAAAACUAUUACUCGACAGACAAUAA